CUUAUUUUGGGCAAUUAUCAUAAAAUUUGUACUCUUUAUUUUUUUAACUUUUUUAUGUUAUUUCAACUCAAGAGUAAUUUGAGUUUUUUACUCCCGUCCAUCGCGAGUCUAGUGAAUAUCAACACAAACAUGAAAAAGCCAUCAUCCCCAUCUUAAGGAGCGAUCAAAUGGAAGAAGAAGAAGAAGACGAAGACGCAAGAAGGGAGGCCGCGAUAGCCUCAGCGCGCACUCUGCUCCCCGAUAUCAGGCCCAAUUCCGCCGUCACGGCCGACCAGCUCUCCAAGUUUCAAGAGUUGCGUCGAAGGCGUUUACAGAUUAAAGCAAAGUCAAAAGCUAAAAGACACUUGAAGAAAGGGAAAAUAGAUGGAGGUGGAAAAUGUCUUGGUGAAGACAAAAAAGCUAAAAUAUGUACAGAAAGCGCGGGUAAAAAUGAUGAUGGCCAAACGGAAUAUUUAGAGGUUCCAAGAAGUAGUUCAGAUGACAUUUUGCCCGUAAAACAAGACACUACAUUACCACACAAAGAGCCACACAAGCGCCAGAAAUUGCAUUGGGGCCUAGAUGUGAAAGAGAGAUGGGAAAGAAAAUCCAACAUGUAGAAAACACAGCACAACAUGAUAUGAUUGCAACAACUAACAACCUGGUACUGGCUUUGCCAACAUAAUGAGGGAUAGCGUUGCCGUAAAGCAAAGAGGGCUAUGAUGUCUUCGUUUGGUGAACAAGAAGAAGAAGAAGAAGAGUACAACAAAAUUGAAUCAUAAGUUUGUUCCCCUUUGACAUUUUGAUUGCACUACUGAGUUUCUUUGGGGGGUAAUUGUAUGUCCCAUAGUGAAAAUAUGUAAAUGUUUCACUAUUUGACUGCACCUGCACUUGGGGGUUUAUUGUGUUUAGUACACAUCUUUUGAAAACUAAGUGCCCGUAUGAGCGCGAAAAAAUACGUGUUAGUUUUAAUAUAUCUCUAUAUUAUACGGCUUUGAAUUCAAAAACCCACACUCAUUUCUUUGACUCUUGAGAACUCCAGUCUUCAUUUUAUUGGUUAGGUUUGGAAUCUUCAAUGAUCCUUCAUUCUUUUUUAACUCCCACAUUCUUGGGCUUCGAAAAUGGCCAUUGAGAUUUGCUCUCCGGAUUCGAGCCCGAGAAUGUCAUUUUCCGGUGAUGUUUCUGCACCGGGGGAGCCACAGGAGAUCCGGUCGAGUUCUCCGGCGAGCCCAGAGUUCAAUUUCUGCGUUUCCCGGGAGACCUGCGAGUCUUCGUCGGCGGACGAGCUUUUCUCCGACGGCAAGAUUCUCCCAAUUGAGAUCAAGAGAAAAAUGGGUCCGCAGAAAAAGCUUCUUCCACCACCGCCGCCGCCGCCACAGACACCGCUGGAAAAACAGAGCUCGGCGCCGCGGAACUUGGGGCGGAGUUGGAGUGUGAGCUUUAGGAAGGGAAACAUGUGCCCAUUGCCGUUAAUGUGGCGGAGCAAUUCUACAGGAACAUCUAAUUACUCCGCCAUUAAAAGAUCAAAUUACAGGAAAGUUUCUUCGUCCUCUGCAACUACAGGGCAUCGUCAUCAUCGUCAUCACAAGCCUCCGUUGAAGAAAUUUAUGAAUGACAGUGGGAUCGGAGUGAAUCCGGUAUUGAAUAUUCUCCCCCCGGCAAGGCUCUUUUGUUUAAGUUCCAUUUUUAGUGGUGGCAAGGAUAAGAGCACCAAGUGAUGAUUCAAAAAAUUGCUAUCCCUUAUUUUGGGAUAAAGACUGGCAGGUCCCAUUGUUUUUCAAAAUAUACUCCGAGGUACCUUAAGAUAUUCGAAAACUGACUCCGGGGUGACAAUCCGCCAUUCCCUCCGUUAAUAUUUCUUCUCCGUUAUCCUCCUCCUCUUCCUCCCAAAAAAUUGCUGCCAGGUACCCCUUAUUUUGGGAUAAAGACUGGCAGGUCCCAUUUUUUUAAAAAACUUACUCAUAGGGAUUUAAAAUAUCCUUUGUUCAAAAUAUUACUUUAUCGAAUUAAUAUACAAUAUAUGUUUUAUUUAAUAAUAGGUCAAAAAUUAAAAAUAGUUGAUUGAAAAAAGUCAAAACGUGACAUAUGCUCCGAGACAGAGAUAAGAUUAUGUACUCCCCCCGUCCUAAUUCUUUCUUCCCAGUUUGACUUUCCCCAUUUUUAAUUUUUGGCUUUGACUUCAAAUUUUACCCUCCUUAAAAAAGAUUUUUUGAAUUU